AUGCUUGUAUGGUUGGUUCUGGCAAUUUCUAGCGCAAAAGGUCUGCGUGCAUUUGAAGAGUCGGAUUAUUACGAUGACGGAAAUGAGCCCACUGUUGAAAACCCGGAGUGGAUGGCUUCGCUGAAUGACAGUCUUUUACUGGCGGAAGUUUCCAUGCCAGGCACGCAUGACACGGUCAGUUUCUAUGGCGGCGAUCUGGUCCAAACUCAAUCCUGGUCACUGAUUGGACAGUUGAGAGCAGGAAUUCGGUUUCUGGACAUUCGCUGUAGACACUACUUCAACACUCUUCCCAUAUACCACGGAUCGGUGUACCAGUACACCUUCUUUGAUCAUGUAAUUCAGGACGUGAUCGAAUUUCUGACGAGUUACCCCACAGAAGCGGUGAUUAUGCGGGUAAAAGGCGAAUACUUGGCAGAAGGAAACAAUGAAACUAUGUUCGAAACUGUAUCAAAAUAUUUGCGCAUGUUCCGCUGGCACAAUUUCUGGUUAGCGAACAGAAUUCCAACCUUAGGAGAAUGUCGUGGUAAAAUAGUGAUCGUUCAAGACUUCGUUGGCCCGAUCAUUGGACUUCAGUAUUCGGAGAUAAAUGUAGAAGAUCACUGGGAAGUGUGGGCCCUCUUUUAUUGGGAACUGGACGAGAAAUGGAACCAUAUACAGCGACACCUGGAGGAGACACACAGGGGAGAUAAAUCCAAAAUGUUCAUUACCUUUACCUGUGGGGUUGGUACCAUGGCAUUCCCCUAUGCAGUGGCAUGGCGGGUGAAUCACAGACUGUUGGAUUAUUUGGCGCAGGAGGGACAGUCAUUAAAAAGGGUAGGCAUCAUAGGCAUGGAUUUUCCAGGGGGUCUACUGAUCGAAAAAAUAAUUCAAAUAAACUUUAAUUAG